AUGACGACUACGGUAUCAUUGGACCAAUCGACAACGGUGGAAACCACGGUGCAGGAGACGCAAACAGUUAUAGUACAAGGAGUUCUGGAUGUCUUGGUGACGUCCACUACGUCAUCAUCACUUUCAUCGUCGUCAAUAACAUCAGAGCCGAGUACAAUAUCUACAAUCCGUUCACUGUCUACCUUAACUGCACUGGCUUCUUCACUCUCAUCUUCAACAGUUAUACAGUCAUCAUCAUCACCAUCAUCAUUGACCUCGAGUGCAAACAGCGGCAUCAGACAAUUCAAGGUCACUAAUAAUACGAAUUACACCAAUAUCGGACUUGUCAUAGGUAUACCGGUUGCUGUGAUUGGCAUUUGUCUCCUGAUAUUCGGCGUCUGGUACUACUUCCACAGAAAACGUAAUAAAGAGGCUAAAGCUAGCGAUAUGUUGAAACAUUACUUCCACGAUGAGUAUAAGUGGAAAGCAACACCAUCACCAGACCCCGGCUCUCAGUAUUCAUUCAAUGAAAGUAUGAGGGGUGUCUAUAAAGUUCGGGCAAAGGUACCACAUAACAGUGCUGAAACCCUAACUGAGAACCCUGCUAUUUACGAAAAGUUUGCCAACUCUGAGAUCAGCUUGAAAGACCCCCAUGUUGAUCAAGUGAACUCCAAAUGGACCCUAAACAGUCCACUGAGUAAAUGGUUUAUGAAUCAUACAAGAGUUUCCAGCCCCACACCUCGAGGAAGCAUAAAGGUAUCACCAUUCUCACCAGUGGUAGCACUUAAGGAAUUCAAAUUACACAAGUCCAAAAGGUCUGAAGUGGUUGAGAAAUCACCAGUGAGUCCCUGCUUCCCACAACCAUCGUACUUUCCCGGUUCUUCUCAUACCAUGAGCCAUUCAGUAUCUACUGAUAGGAGUGAAACAACGAACCAGACGGUGCCAGUAAAUACCGAAACAGACUCAGUUCCAAAGCUCAAGCUAGACAAACAUAGAAAGGCCGGUCCAAAGAACUCUAAGACUAAGACAUUGAAGAGAUUAACAUUUAGUGAUAAACCUCUGCCGUCGAGACCUUCACCAUCAAACUCUUCAUCACAAGCAAUAACCUCAGCUUCACUCAAGGACUUCGAAAAGAUCGUUAGCCAACGUGCAAACACCACAACGCCUGUCGUUGACCAUUCAAAGUAUAAGGAUGAAAACAUAUAUGUGGCCAUUACGAACUACCGCAAAGCCCUUGCUGACGAGCUCAAUAUUGACAAAGGGGAGCAUUUCAAGAUACUGGCAAGCCACACUGACGGUUGGUGUUUAGUGGAAAAGGUUGAUGUACAUGGUAGCAUACUCCUAGACAACGAAGUCGGUCAUUACAUUAACGAAGGUCGUGGCGUGGUUCCAGAGAUGUGCUUAGCUAAACUUCCAAACGUGUAA